AUGAUGACUCGCCUUUCCACACUUACUACAUGCAUUGCAAAACCACCCACAAGGACACUUGCAGGCAACAAUACUUGGAGAUUAUCGCAUCAUGGACUAGCAGUUGUAGCACUCUUGAUGAUUUCUCCAUGGAGCAGUCAAGGCAUUUCAUUCCUGGACCCUCGCGAUGUCCGGAACACUGCCAUCAACAUCACCCGUACCGGAGUACUCGAUCAGAUUGCAUCCUGUAUUGAUCCACAAUCCAAUGCGACAACGUCAUGCACCAACGCCAACGCCAACAGCAGCAUCGAAACACUCUACUAUUGUCACAUUGCCAAUUUUUUGGCGUUUUCGCUUCUAUUGCCGUCGGGACGGAUACCAUUUCGGAACACUGCUCCUCCCAUGACAGCUGCCGUCUUGUUGGCAUUGGACAUGCUCAAUACAGGAGAUGGAAGCGUCAUUCAAGAACUCGAGGGAUUGAAUCAUCACUGUCCCAUUCGAUUCACCGCCGAGUUUUUGGAUACCUCAUUGUCCCAAUCCGCCACGGUCCAGCAAACCAAUCAAUUAUUGAAUCGACAGACGGAACAUGAUCAAGUCGAAGUCUGCGCGUUUAUUGGAGCGGCACGAUCGGCCGUUUCCAUUCCCAUGGCCAUUUUGACAGGGCUGGCCAAUCGCGUACAAUUGAGUUAUGUGAGCACAUCCACCGUCUUGGAUGAUACACAACAAUUCCCACUCUUUGGACGAUUGGUUCCCUCCGACGAAGGAGUGGCAUUGCCGUAUCUGCAGUUUUUGCGCGCUCGAGGCGUCCGACAUUUGGGGGUCGUCCAUUGGAACGAUGACUACGGGAAUGCAUAUGCGCGCGCAAUGUUGAAAACGGCGUCCACGUAUUUUCCCGAAAUGACGAUUCUGUCGGUGGACAUUCCUCGUCUGGGGUCUCCGGCAGAAUAUCAAGAAGCCGUGUUGGCGCUUAAGGAGUCACAGUUUCGGUGGUUUUUUGGAGUCUUUGGCGGGGACUCGGAUUACGUCAACCUGAUGGAACAGGCGGCAAUGGCGGGGAUUGCUGGAACCGGUCGUCAUGUUUGGAUAUUUAGUGAUUCCUUGGGGACAAGUGUGAUUCCCUCUCUGGAAGUCGAACGAAAUUCUCCCCUGGCACGAGUCUCGCAGGGAGUUGGAAUGGUAUGGGCUCAGGGAGGUCGACCUGGGAUGACAGUAUUUGACAAAUUCUACGCCAAGUGGAGAGCCAUGGUCGAGAACCCGGAAAAUCUAGCAUUGGUGGCUGCUCAGCAACCACUCUAUGCCGACGAACCCGAAUACACGGGUCAUGAUAUUGACGAGAGCAUGUUUGACGAGGAUACGAGUCGACCGGCAUCCGUGGUAUUUGAUGAGAUUAUCUUGUUGGGUUUGUCCGCCUGUCGUACUCUGGCAAUGGGCCAAGAGGUCGACGGAAAGGCCAUGUUUGAAACAUUGCUACAAAUAUCGUUUCAAGGUGCUACGGGCAACGUCACUGUGGACCCAAAGACCGGAACGAGACUGCCAGCAACAGCAUUCUUCCGCAUGGAUAACUUUGUUCAGGAACCAAUCAACGAAACGCAUGUAACGUUUGGGAUGCGGUUGAGCGAAGCGUUCAUUGACGGCCAAUGGGUCGAAGAGGAACCAUUUGUGUUCAACGAUGGAACUACGACCACACCCUCGGAUCUGCCUGCCGUGGAAAUCAACUAUAACCAUAUCCAUACGGGGAUCCGUGCCGCCGGACUAACAAUGGCAACUGUCGUGCUGGGACUCUCAGUUGCUCUGGCGGGCUGGACAAUCUACAACAGGAAACGACAUGUCAUUCGUGCAUCACAGCCGAUUUUUCUGACAAUCUUGUGCACUGGUACCUUUGUCAUGGGAUCCACAAUCAUCCCCUUGAGCAUUGAUGAUGCUCGCACAAGUCCUGAAGGUUGCAGCACGGCGUGCAUGUCAGUCCCUUGGCUAUUUUGCAGCGGAUGGGCGCUAGUAUUUGCGGCCAUCUUUGCCAAGAUAUGGCGUAUCAAUCGACUUUUCAACAAUCCAAGCAUCAAACGAGUCAAAGUUACCGCCAUGGACGUGAUGUAUCCUUUGAUUGGUCUCAUGAUUUUGAAUUUUAUUGUGCUGACCUCAUGGAACAUUGUCUCGCCCUUGGUCUGGGAAAGACAAGUAUCGUCUGUGGACGUCUUUGGGAGAACCGUGGAGUCUCGCGGAUAUUGCACAUCAGAGCACUUUCUUCCCUUUGCCAUCAUCUUGGUCGUAAUGGAUCUUGGGGCUCUCGUGGUUGCAUCUUACCAGUCAUACCUGGCUCGAGACAUUGCCACUGAAUUUGCCGAGAGUGAAUAUAUUGGAAGGGCCAUCGCUUGCAUGCUCUUGGUUUGCUUCGUGGGAAUACCAACGAUGAUCAUGGUGUCCGACAGCAAUGCCAAUGCACGGUUUUUCGUCUUGACCUGCAUCAUCUUUGUGGUUUGUGCUUCCGUGCUACUGUUCAUUUUUGUACCCAAGAUCAUGUCUUCCAAGAAGAACCUAAAGUCAUCCAUUCGACGAUCGGUAUCCCAGCGCUCGCAGCAAAUCAAUGUGAAGUCAAGUGCUACCGACAAUGAUAACAACAUCAGCAGGAUUCUUUGGGCAGGGGGCAGCGAGUCACUGGAGGUUGCGGAUGCGGAUGCGGAAGGCAUUCGAAUCAUGAACCGACCUGAACAACUACGCAUGGUCUCCUUUGAAAACGGCAAACUCAAGGCGGAGAAAGAGGAACUAAAGGCCCGAAAUAAUGAGCUCGAGAAACAGAUCUCAGAACUCCGAGCCCUUGUUCCAGGCCACGAAGCGGCUACAGCCAGCAUCAGCUUUGCGGAAGGCGACUAG